GCGGUCUACGCUCUUUCUUAAUUCAGUCCAAUGAGAACUGCUCUUCGAUUCGUCACACCCGCCGAACAAAUCUCUUUCCAUUUAUCUGUUUUCCUCUCUCCUUCUCUGUCGCACCAUCGUUACGUUUCCGCGAAAGAUCGCCGCGAAAUUUUGAAAAAGCGACGACGAAUACUCUCCACCGCUCGGCGGCGACGCCGAUCCCCGAUCGAGCGAGCGAGCGAGCGAUCGCGAUUGCGAUUCGCACGACGCAAGUACAUCGCGAUGCGUCGCAACGCGGUAACGUCGUAAAACCGCGAGAGAGACAACGGGUGGUGCAUCCUCCGCGCUGGAUGGGACACGCCGUACGCGCCGCCGUCGAGCAGGAAAAGGAUCCUCGCGGAAGAGAGACGACGUACGGACUCACUCCGCGAGUUUGUUUUGACGACACGGUUUAUUUCACCGUGUACGGUGCGCUUUACGUGCUUGCGCGCGAGAGAGGCGCGAGCGGGCUGCGUCGUAAACACGCUGUGAUCUGAAGUGCGCGAUUCCCACGCAGAGGAACACGUUUCAUUAACGUCGACGAGACGCUGGCGGGGACCGCGCGUGGAUCGAAUUUUAUUUUACGAUCGCGAAAAAAAUCGUCACCAUCGUCCAAGAAGAGAACCACAUCUCAUCAUCGUCUUUCUGCGUGUUACAUAUAUACAGCAUCUUAUUCUGUGGACCUCAACGUGCCUUCUCUCCGACGUAUUUCCUCGGGGAGCACGCAAGAGCGGGCCGGAUUCUCGUGGCGUCGAUCGGGCGAUUGGACGAUCCGCUGAAACCGCUGAGAGAAAACGCUCCUUCCUAGAGGAUGCCAGGAGGAAGGAUUUCUCCUCUUACCGAGGAAACAUGUCUCGCAGCGGUCGUCGCAACGCGCGAACCGGUUGCGCGCUCUUAAAAUAGUUUCUCACGCGCGUAGGUAACUGGCGCGCACCGUUGUCCCGCCGUUGGAACACGCCGCCGGAGUAGUGCCAGGAUGACGAGUUGGAGUGCAUUGUUUGUCGCGGCCGCCGUCGGGAUUCUGUUGUUGACGACCGCGACGAAACGCUCGGAAGCGUGCAACGAGGCGAUCUGCGCCAGUGUCGUGAGCAAGUGCAUGCUGACGCAAAGCUGCAAAUGCGACCUGGUCACCUGCACUUGUUGCAAAGACUGCUUCUCGUGCUUGAGCUAUCUGUACGACGAGUGCUGCUCGUGCGUAGAUUUAUGCCCGAAGCCGAAUAUCACCGACAAUCCAUUGAGCAGGAAAUCUCACGUGGAGGAAUUCAGCGAGCCAGUGCCAGCGCUCUUCCAAGCGCUCACGGCCGAGGCGGAUCCACACGAGAGAUGGCUCACCUUCACAUAUCCGGUAGACUUUGACAUGACGGUGUUCGCGCCGAAACACGAGAACGAAAUGAAAUAUCAUAUACAGGCCGCGAACGAGGAGCUGCAUCCGUUGAAGCCGAACGUGAUGACGGUGAACUGCACGGUCGCGUUCAUGGCACAAUGCAAUUCCUGGUACAAAUGUCGGGCAUCCUGCCAGAGCAUGGGCGCCACGAGCUACAGGUGGUUCCACGACGGCUGUUGCGAGUGUAUAGGCGAUACGUGCAUCAACUACGGAAUCAAUGAAUCGAGAUGCACGCUGUGCUCGCAGGGGGACAAGGAGGAGGAAGAUGACCUGAAGGACACACAAACGGCGUACGACGAUUACGGUCAGGACGAAGACGGAGAUGUGCUGGGCGAAGACGUAGAGGAUUAACAAUCGCGUUCGUCUACGACGCUUUUCCUCGUCAUUCUUUCGUGCAAAAUAUAUGCGACAAGGGGAAAAGUGUUUGCGUGAAAAACAUUUCGAUAAAAUUAACAAUCGCGAGAUUAUUUUGUUCUUAUAAAGAAGUCGUUUUAUCAUCGUGUAAAAGUAAGACUAUACUACACUCUCGAUAUUUGGAGUUUUAUCUUUUGAGAAAUCGUCUAGCGUUUACGACUUUAUAAUAAUAAGUUAGUGAAUCUGCGAUUUAGAAUUACUUUGCAUGGGUGUUUCCCUCAUAAUCUGAUUCUCUGAACACAGCGAUUCGCUCGAAAAUGACAUUGAAUAAUCCGGAAAAUCGAUCGCAACUGUGACAAAACUUGUAACUAAGUGUAAGCCUAAUUUUAGAGUGUUGUCCCCUAAGGUUUUUAACAUUUUAUAAUUUAAUACGCAAAGUCGAUACCGACUAUCGACUGUAAUGUGGGAAUAUAUAGUAAUAAUCUAAAUAAUCUACGCGUGUCAAGCGCGAAUGCGACCAAGCACAAGUCUUAUUGGAGAGGAUCCUGUUUGUACAUGAUUGCGACGUAUAAUAUAUAAUAUUAUAAAAAACAAUAUUAUUGUAUAAUAUUGUUUUUUUUUUUAUUAAGUACUCGAGCAAUACUAGGUUCUUCGUAUAACAUCGAAAAUCUUUAUUAUCGCAUCCGUGCCAUAAAAUUGUACAACAAAUCGAUCUCGAUUAGAAAAUCGAGAUCAUUUUACACAGACCUCUCUCAAAAUUCCUCUGAGAAGAAACUUCGCAAAUCACAAUACCGCUAAUAAAUUUCCGGACAUUUUGUAAAGCAAUGCUUGCAGGAACUUUAAAUCAUUCCCACUUACCUUAUGUUAUUAUGUUUACAUGGCUCGAUUUACGUCGAAACUAUAACAUCCGAUUAUAACCACUAUAUUAUAACCACUGACGCUAUUUUACGAUGGCGUUUAACGUCAGUAAUUAUAUCGGAUAUUAUAACUUUGGCGUUAUAAAAUUGGACGUAGUCUAUGACGAAAAUUAAUGUCAUCUUAUUUACAAAUAUUUUAUAUGUAAAAGCUUAAUAGUUGUAAAAGAGAUAUGUAAGAGGAAAAAUGAAACGAGUAAAGAUCCCCGAAAAUAAAUUUAAAAUCGUUUGAAAUAAAAAUCGUAGAGAUAGAUCAACAUCAAUGACUCUAUUUUAUUUGAUUUUUAUUUAUGUAAUACGCAGAUAUACUCAAUUCUAUUUAUGUAGUAUGGGAUAUGUAUGAAGUGUUCGAAAAUUUACGAGCGGUAGCACUGUGCAUCUCUAGGACAAUUGAUGUACACGCGAUAGCGAUAGCUAGAACACGUCUCUUCGAAUGGAAUGUGAUAUGCUUCAAGAUCGAUUCAGUAAUGAGUGCUUCCUAUUUAGUGACAAAAACAUCAUUCUAUCUUUCUUAACGUUAAAUGAGUAAAAUAAAGAUAUACUUUUUCUUUUUAUGGAAAACCAUAAAUCUCUUUAUGGUUUUCCGACCCACUAUGAAGGAUUAUAGCACCAUGCAAUGAAAUAGAUCCGAAAAUCUGAUGACAGCCUGCUCGAGGAG